CUCUCCACGCGGCGGUCACACUAACGGGGCCAAGAAACUGAAUUUUAGUAAAUAACAUAGAAUAGGAUAGUUAAACAGGCGACAAUGCUGCAGCAAAUCAAGAUGCUGGUGCUGGGCAUCAUCACGCUGUGCCGGCGUGCCUUGUGCUGCUUCUCCAGGCGCCGCAAGCUCAGCCACAGCGGCUCCGCCUCCGGAGCCGCCGACCAACUGCAGGCGGUCAACGUGAUCGUGGAGUGGGGCGACUUCUCGGCCACCGGCGCCUCAUCCGCUGGCCAGGCCGGCGGUGGCAGGACGGCGGGUGCGCGCGAGCGGGACUGGAACUCCUGGGACGACAGUCCGCGCACCGUGGAGGAGCACAUCGAACAGUACCGCCAGCGUAUGGCCCAGCCACCUACGCCGCCCAAGGAGGAACCCGAACCGGACUUCUUCAGUGAGCUGACGCCCACCAUCAAGCCGCAGAUGAAGUUCUACCUGGAGGAUCCAUCCGCGAGUGCGGCGACCAGCCAACAAAGUGACUUUUCAAGACUGCAGGCCCAGGAUUUGGUGCCCAUUAGCAUAAAUGCCGAUCUCGAGGACUGGGUGGAUGAUAAUGCCGGCGGCUGGGAGGAGCUGGACACCUCCCAGACCAAGCAGAUUCUGCGAGAGAAGCGUCGCGAGUUGCGCCAUCAGCGACAGCCGCCCGUCCGCCCGGCCCCGCCCACCGUGGGCGCUCAGCGGCUGACCUCCGGACAGCGAGCGGCGUAGUUGUCGCUGCUCCAGCCCCUAGCCAACCUCACCAGCCUCACCCACUCUGACCAUUCCACAACCGACCACCUGCAUUCUGUUACCCCUUUCUUUUGUUCGAUUUAGUUGAUUGGCCACACGAAAUAAAUCUUGCCUUUCACUCGCA